UUACUCUAACGGCAGAUUCUGACAUUUUAGCUCUUCAAAGGAGGGAAAGAAGACGUAAUAGUCUUAAUAACUGAGAUGGAUCUGCAAGAGCCAAAAUGGAAAUUCUUUGCUGUCAGUGUGCUGCUGCUCACACUGUACCCCAGUCACACUUCUGCAAACAACCUGAAGCAACAACUGGAUGAUUGUCUGAACGAUGAUGACUACGAUGAGCUGCUGCAGACUGUGCAGACGGGCCUUCCAAAAACUAAAACACCUCAUCAUGUUGUUAUUGUUGGAGCUGGCAUGGCUGGACUGACAGCUGCCAAGUUACUGCAAGACGCCGGACACACGGUAACGAUAUUGGAGGCUAGCGGCCGUGUUGGAGGACGGGUGGAGACCUACAGGAAUGAAGAAGAGGGCUGGUAUACUGAACUGGGAGCCAUGAUGAUCCCAAGUUUUCACAAGAUCGUCCUCUGGGUUGCUAAAGAUCUGGGGGUCCCACUUAAUGACUUCAUCAUGGUUAACGAUAACACCUUUUAUCUGGUUAACGGGUUGCUGGAGAAAACAUCCACAGUGAAAAAAAACCCUGAUGUCCUGAAAUACAAUGUGAGCCCAAGUGAGAAAGGGAAGUCAGCUGAAGAGCUGCUACAGCAAGCUUUGCAGGAGGUUAAAGAUUAUGUGGAGACUAAUGGCUGCGAGGAAUACCUGAGAAAAUACGACCAUUAUUCUGUGAAGGAGUAUCUGAAAGAAGUAGGAAAUCUGAGUCCAGAAGCUGUGAGGAUGAUUGGAGACCUGCUUAACGAACAGAGCCUUAUGUACACAGCGCUGACUGAGAUGAUCUAUGACCAGUCAGAUAUCAAUGACAACGUGAGGUACUAUGAAGUGACUGGUGGAUCAGACCUUCUCCCUCAAGCUUUUCUCAAAGUCCUUAAUGUCCGCAUCCUCCUCAACUCCCCAGUUAAGAGCAUCAGCCAGGUUGAUAAUGGUGUAAAUGUAUCGUACCAGACCUCAGAUCCUAGCCAACAGCCCUCUUUUACUCACCUUCCAGCUGACAUUGUCCUGGUAACAACCACAGCGAAAGCAGCCCUCUUCAUGGACUUCAAUCCACCUCUAUCCAUCCAAAAGAUGGAGGCCCUAAGGGGGGUCCACUAUGACAGCUCUACUAAAAUCAUCCUCACCUUCAGCGAGAAAUUCUGGGAGAAGAACGGCCUCGGAGGAAAGAGCAUCACUGACGGUCCCUCUCGUUUCAUCUACUACCCAAGCCACAUUUUCUCAAACAAUAAGACCAUCGGCGUCCUCCUGGCUUCCUACACCUGGGCUGAUGACUCCCUCCUCUUCCAGGGAGCGAGCGAUGAAGCCCUGAAAGAGCUGGCUCUGAGAGAUUUGUCAAAGAUCCACGGCGACCAUGUUAGGUCUCUUUGCACAGGGGUGGUGGUAAAGAAGUGGACCUUGGAUCCUUACAGUUUGGGGGCCUUCGCCCUCUUCACGCCCUACCAACAUUUAGAGUACGCUGAGGAGCUCUUCAGAAGUGAAGGCCGGGUGCACUUUGCUGGUGAACACACAGCCUUCCCUCACGCUUGGAUGGAGACGUCUAUGAAAUCUGCAAUCAGGGCUGCUAUCAACAUUAACAAUGUGGUGCUCAAAGACUCAGCUAAAUUUCCAAGAGGAGAUGAGCUCUAGGGUCUGAAGAAUUGAUUUAGUAUUAUGGUAUAAAAUAAAAAGAAUACCAAAAGC